UUUAAUGGUUUAAUCGUCGCUGGUUUAUGUACUUUUUUUUAUAUUAAGGUGCUACAAAAAUUGAUCCUACCGAGAGUAAUUAUAAUUAUAAUUUUGACAAUUUAUUGUUAAGAAAAUGUUUUAACCGUUAAAAAGGCCAUUGAACCAACGGAUGGAUAUUAAUGAUACUUCCUGUUUACUGUGGUACAAUCAAAGAAGGAAAUUAGACCUAAAUUUUGGAUUAAUCAGUGGUCCCUGUUGUUCUAAUAUAAAUUAUCGUCAUGAUUAUCUUAUGAGUAAAUUAACACCAAUCUGUUAAUUGGCCUCGUUUCACCUAAAGAUUGAGGAAUCACAUGUUUAUCAAAACAAUACAAACCCUUACAAUCAUAAGCAACACUAAAAAUAAAGUGAUAAGCUAAAUUAUGUAAAUUCAAUUUAAUUGUAAAGGGAUUGUUGUGAUAAUUUUGCCCUUUUUUUACACACAAUAGUGUUAAAAGCACACAAGUGAUGUAAAUAUUAGCCUUAAAUUAAUAAUUAUAACUUGUUAUCAACAAACAAACAAAUUGAUAAUAGAAAUUAAUUUCAUUUCUCUCUUCAGUAACCAAGUUUACUAACUGUUCCAAGUUUUUGUCAACUUUUCACAAGAAGUCAAAAUGUGUUCAACAAUCUUUUAUCACCGAUGAUCCCUCGAUCAGAGUGUUACACUUCAGCUGACAAUCGAGUGGGGUUAUGUAUGCCCAAAGCCGCGUGUUCGUCCACCGGUGGUAUUGUCGCUGGAAAUUGUGGCCUUUUAAUGGCCUGUUGUAUCUAUCAAGGAACAUGUCGUUCAGUGAUUAGUGCCAAUGAGAGUUAUUUUGUAUCGCCACAAUAUCCGACCCUUCAAACGGAACGUCUCAACCCACCGAUGUGCAUUUUCACCUUACACCGAAACAAUUUGAUCCAAAAGUAUCCAAUUUGUCAGAUACGAUUAGAUUUUGAUGAAUUUUCAUUGGCACCGCCAAGAAAUGGUUCGUGUGGUUAUCUAACUGAUUCAUUUGUUAUUUCGGGAGCUUCUAAUUUCAAUUCAACUGGACUGCCCGCUAAUGGCCUUUGUGGGGAUCUGACCGGUCAACAUGUUUACAUUGACGUUGAUCCCGCCGAGAUUAAUGAACCUUUGUUACUUGUUGUCAAUACCGCUAAUGAGGAAAUGUAUAACCGUAAAUGGAGCAUCAGAAUUCAACAGAUUCCUUGUCAAUCGCCAUUUCGAGCGCCCUCCGGGUGUCUUCAGUAUUACACCUCAACUUCGGGGACAGUUGAGUCACUAAAUUACCGAGGGAUGCCUCGAUCUCGACCUUACAAUCAACAACAAGGUUCAGUUAGCUCUUCGAUCACUUCGCUACUUUUACCGACUCAAAGUCCAAACUAUUUCCACAAUAUGAACUAUGGUAUUUGUAUCGCUCAAGCUCCUCGAAGUUGUGGUAUCCGUUGGACUUCAGCCGAUUUUGAUUUUGGUGGUUUUCGUAAAUCACAAUCGGGUGUUGGUUACCAAAAUCCAAACAUUGUCAGCUCUGGAUGUACAGUUAAUCGAGGUCAAUCGGACGGCGGCGAUUAUGUCGUCAUACCUUCGGGAUCAGCUGAUGGAUUAACAAUGACUCAAGAUCGAUUCUGUGGUCAAAGAUUAGCUUCGGUUGAUGGUUCAUCUCUUUCGACCCCAAUCACCAGUUACAGUAAACCUUUCGUACUAUACGUUCACAGCGAUGACACUGAUGACCUUGUCUUCACUGGACCAACGAAUCAAAAAGGUUUCGCCUUAAAAUAUGAACAAAUCACUUGCUCGUAAUUAAGAAAAAAACAAUUAAUAAUCACAAUCGAAAUGAUUAACAAAUUUGUACAACAUUUAUGUUUCUUUAUUUUAAGAAAACAAUAAAGAGCUGAAAAGUGAUCUUA